UUCAGUAUGUUCGGGCACCGAAUCCUUGUUCUGUACACCUUCAUUGUGUGUAUUCUGUAUUCAUCCCAUUCGGAAACCCACAAUAAUGACCGAUCCGUGUGUCUACUGCAAGAUCCGCCAAACCAGUGCGGCGAGUUCUGCCUUUCAGUGCUAGAACCCCUUCUCAGUCACAUCGCCAAGCACCAGGAGCAGUGGAGUGCCUCGGAUGCCCUGAAGGGCAACGAAACCCAAGCAAAGCUAGACAGGAUACAGACCACGGUAGAGAGUCAAUCGACAUCCCUUGGAGAAACUUUGGAAAAGGUCCUAGCCCACGACUUCAAGGAGAGACUGGCUAGAAUGGAAGCUCAGCAGGCAGACAAGCACAACACAACGGGAUCCGAACUAAAAGAGUUGAUCAGUCUAGUAAAGGAACAAAAACCCAUGCAGGAAGCCCUAAGAAACCUUGUACCAGAGAACCUGGCGGAAAGCCUUUCGUCUCUACAGGAAACUGUUAAAAAAAUUCCGAAGGACUUUCAACAAGAUCUAAACCGGACGGAGCAACAUCAAACAGACUUAAACAACAAGAUGGAAAGUCUACAGCAAGCGCUAGAAACGAAAAUGGAAAGUUUCCAUCCUUCCUUGGAUGAAAUGAAAAAGAAAAUAUCAGAAGACUUCGAAGGAAGACUAGCUAAUAUUGAAAAGCAGCAGAAGGCAAUACAGAACAGGAUGGAGGCCCAACAAGCUGAACUUGAGAAAAGCCUAUCCAGAAUAUUAUUCAAAGUUACUUUCCCGAACUUCAAGCUAAUCGGCUCUAGAUACUUCUACAUUGCGCGCUCAGAGAACUUGCGUUGGGACAAUGCUGCAAAGACGUGUCGCGAAAUGGGAGGCUAUCUAGCAUCCUUUAAGGAUCAAACGGAACUGGAUGCUAUUGUUAAAAGGCUCGACAAUGAACGUUAUUGGCUGAGCAUCAACGACCGGGAGAACCAUGGGGAUUACGUAACCGAUGCCACUGGAAAGAGUGCUCAAUUUUUAAGGUGGCACUCAGGAGAACCUAACAACGCGGAAAACAAUGAACACUGCGUGGAACUUCGGGAAGGCGCCAUGAACGACAUCCCGUGCUACAUGGAGCUAAGAUUUAUUUGCCAGGCUGGCGAUGAAGUUUAACUGAUUAAAAAGCAAACGCAAGCUUC